CGCAUACGGUCAAAAGGUAUAAGUGUUUGCUUCUAAGUAAUCAUUAAAAUUGAUAAUUCAAGUAUGAUGUUCUUAUAACUUUUCUGUGUUUAUGUGAUUAACUUUCAAGCUUAUCAUGAUAUGUAUCGAUAACGAUAUGUAUCCGAGUACCUAUUUCAAACAUCGAUAUUCAUAUAAAAGGAAAUCGUUCAUUCGUAUCAUUACACUGCAGUUUCAAAAUUCUUCGAGUUACAAUGACACGUCUCGCGUUAGUCGUCUUCAUAAUCGGUGUCGUUUUCGGCGACGUCUUUGCCAGCAACCAAACGAACGAGAUUGGCGAACAAAUCGUCGGUGGCACCAAUGCUCGCCUUGGUCAGUAUCCUUAUCAAGUAUCGCUUAGACAAAAUGGAAGACACUUCUGCGGUGGCACUCUGGUUACCAAUAAACACGUAGUCACUGCUGCUCACUGCAUCCACGGUAUUGUGUCUCCUCCAUACAAGGAUUUCACUGUCGUAACUGGUACAGUUACCCUCUCAAGUGGUGGUCAAACCCACGCUGUUAAGUCGGCCGUCUACAACCCCGAUUUCAAGCCUACCUCUGCCGAGUCUUUCAGAAAUGACGUUGCUGUAGUCACUCUCGCUAGCCCGGUUAGCAUAAACGCUAACCAGAAGCCAAUUCCUCUCGUUUCUUCUGAUCCACCAGUUGGUGCAACAUUGAGAAUGACCGGUUGGGGAAGAACCAGUGCUAACGCAGGCAACUUGCCUAAUACCCUACAAACGACAACCGUAAAUCUUCUAAACAAUGCAGAUUGUCAGAAGCGCUUGGGAAUCCAGAUCUACCCUGGACACUUGUGUGCCUAUAACAAAAAGGGUGUUGGUAUCUGUAUGGGUGAUAGUGGCGGUCCCCUUGUCUACAAUGGCCAACUUGUAGGUAUCGCUUCCUUUGUCAUUCCAUGUGCUGAAGGCUACCCUGAUGCUUACACUCGUGUCUCUCAAUACAAAAGCUUCAUCAACAGAAAUUUAUUUUAAUUUAGAAUCCGAAACUUAAAUAAUAAUUAUUGUACAAUUCAUAUUUUCUCUCCGUAAAUAAGCAGAAUUACAUUCACUAUAGUGUCAAUCGAUUAAUUUGAUAUCUUGUAAAUUUUAAUCUUUAAAUUUAUAUACAAUGAGAUCAAUUACUAUCGUCAGUGAACGAUGACGUCAUCGACGCUGUUCCACUGUCCUCGCCGUCUUUGGUAUCGCGGAACGUGUGGGUCAGUCAAAAGGCCCACUCGAUUGCGAGGUUCCUUAUAGAACUUUUACUGUAUAUCAUUAAAUCGCGCAAUGCUUUAUGUUAGGUAUUAUCGCCAAAAAUCAAAAUUUGAUGGAAUGACAUUACAGUUCUCAGAAAUAAUAUACAGUUGGUAUAAAUAAUAUAAUUCAUCGGUUAAUUUGC